UCAUACUGCGAUUGAAUAUCCUGGUUACGAUGGAUGGAACAAUAAUGUUGGCAAACCAGAACUAGGUGCAGUUGAUACCCCGUUGUUAAGAAGACUGCCAGCAGCUUACGAAGAUGGAGUAUAUAAACCUUCAGGCUCUAAAAGACCAGAACCAUUAGAGAUAAGUGAGAAGCUGUUGAGUGGGAAGAUUGGAACUAAAUCAAGAACAGGGAGAAACGCUCUACUUGUAUUUUUCGGUCAACAAGUAGUGGAAGAAAUUUUAGAUGCCCAAAGACCAGCGUGUCCACCAGAGUACAUCAACAUAAAAAAUUCCAGAAAAUCAUCGAUACAGAACUAAACCGGGACAUACAAAAAUGCCUGUUUUACGUACACGAUACGAUCAUCGAACGGGUCAUUCGCCGAAUAAUCCUCGUCAACAGUUAAACGAGAUUACGCCAUUCUUAGACGGAGGAUUGAUUUACGGUACAUCCAAAGCAUGGUCAGAUGUGUUAAGAACAAACGCUAGUGGAAUAUUGCAAGCAAAUGGAAAACUUGCAUCGUCGUACUUUGAUUUAUAUCCCGAUUACAACACCGUUAGAUUACCGAUGGCCAAUCCACCACCACCUAUUCAUCAUCAUCAAUAUGUUUCGCGACAUUACACCGAAAGUGUCACCAGAUAUUUUAAAUUAGGAAAUCCACGAGGAAACGAAAAUCCGUUUUUAUUGACUUUCGGUAUAAUAUGGUUUAGAUGGCACAAUUUCAUAGCAACUCAUAUUAAACGUCACAAUCCAGAUUGGUCGAGCGAUAAGAUUUAUAACGAGGCCCGUAAAUGGGUGAUAGCGACUCAGCAAAAUAUUGUCGUUAACGAAUGGUUGCCUUUAUGGCUGGGGCACAAGCUUCCUGUAUAUCAGGGUUACAAUCCUAAUAUCGAUCCGCAGAUAGAGCAAUUUUUCAAUCGGCCGCUUUUCGCUUCGGACACACUUUGGUCCCACCAGGUGUGUACCUGCGCAACUACGGGAGGAAGAAUUGUUCCUUGGAACCGUAUCCAAUUAGAACAUGCAAUAAUUACUGGAUGUCACAGAAUUCUCUCUAUGCCAAUUUAACAAGAAUAAAAGACGUUAUCGAUGUGGACAAGUUACUGAUGGGAAUGGCUAUUCAAUUGUGCGAAGAGGAGGAUCA